AAAAAAAAAGUUUUGCACUGACUUUCCUUGAUGGCCGACUCAAGAAGAAAAAAACCUAAAUACCCAAAAACCCAACGACUUACCUUGAUGGCCGAUCCCUCUCAAUCUGAAUCAUCAGAAGAAAAAGCAGUGGGUGGUGUGGAUAGGAUCAGCGAUCUUCCGGACUGUGUUCUCAUUCACAUCGUUUCAUUCCUCCCAUUCAAUCAGACCAUCCUAACAAGCCUUUUGUCAACCCGGUGGAAGCCCCUAUGGACUUACGUCCCAAUACUCGACAUCCGCAAUAACUAUUUCCCUAGAGUCUCUAGAGUGUUGCGUCUACUUCAACUCAAAGCACCCUGCAUCCAAACGUUUCGCAUGUUGUACAACUAUAGUGUUAACCCUUACCAGCUUGACCGAUUGGUUUCCACCGUUACUACGCCUAACCUCAAGGUAUUCGAUCUCAGGAUACACAGUACUGAAAAUUACUGGAAGUUGUCACCUAGCAUAUUGUCUUGCAAGUCAUUAGUGGUUUUGAAAUUAGCCUGGAAAAUCGACUUUCAUCCUCUUCUGUCAUCGUCCUUAUCCUUUCAAUUACCAAGACUAAAGAUUCUGCGUUUCAAAAGAAUUAGUUUUCGAAACUGCAACUCUUUAACUAGGCUCCUCUCUGCCUGCCCGGUCCUUGAACAGUUGUCCUUGAAAGUAGUCAGUUUUCCCAAGGAUGUUUGUUUAAAAAUAUGGGUACCUACCCUUAAACUUUUGCGUAUCACGAAUGCAAGGUUUUGGUUUAGGUUUGAGAGUGAAUUCCCUGUGGUUGGUUACAAAUAUGAAAUAGACGCCCCAUCUCUCGAGUACUUUGAGUUUGGUGGUCCUUUGGGCGAUAUCAUUUUCCUUGGAAAACUAGACAACUUAAUUGAGGCAAGACUCCAUAUUUGGUCCAUUGAGAAUGAUGAAUCUCUGUAUGAUCUUGGACUUGAGAUGAAAUUGGAGAGGAUAUUCAACCUUCUUGUGCCACUUAAUAAGCUCAAGUUCCUUUCAUUCUCUUAUAGUGCUAGAGAGUGUCGCGGCUUUGGUUCCUUCUGUUCUAUGUUCCAAAAUCUGGUCCGACUGGACUUUACAUUUAAUAAUCGUAACUGGGAUGUUUUACAAGCGUUGCUUCGAGUGGCUCCAAAUCUACGAGUUCUUUUUUUUAAAAGGAGUUAUGAUUACCAUAGGUGUCAUCAUUGGAGUCCUGCUCAUGUUGAAGAACACAACCAGUUAUGCUCUAGUGAGCCACCAAAGGAUCCUAAUGCUCUGUCUUCACACCUUACAACGUUUUACUUUCGUGGAUACAGUGGAAUUGAAAAUGAAGUGGAAUUUGUAAAAUUUAUUCUAAAGGAGUCAAGACUCUUGAAGACAAUGACAGUUGAAGUUGAAGUUGAGAGUUACAUGUCAGAGGAAGGUGUUCUUGAGAAACUAUCGACGUUUCCAAGGAGUUCUAGCACAUGUCUACUUACAGUUAAAUGAGUUGUCUUUGUAAAAGGGUAUGGUCUCUCUUCAAAUGCUAGCCAUUAAAUAACUAAGGCAUGUUACUAAGUUUUUUAUUUUUAUUUUAAAUUUUAUAAAGAGACCAUUUUGCGGUGAUAAAGUUGAAAUUACUCUUUUCUGCUUGUUAAAUGUUUUGCCCUCUUUAUUUGAUGGAGAGAGAGUGUGUUUUUGGGUGGGGAAUCAAUUAUUUGUAGUUCUACAAUUACUUUGAUUAACAACAAAAGGUUCACAAAUAAACUUUUGCUGCCUCUUCAUAUGCCUAAAGUUUUUAAUUUUGGAUAUCUCAAAAUUUUUUUUGCCUAAUAGUGAUAAUUAAAAAUAGUUAAAUAAUUAAAUGUUUAUGUUGGAAGUGUGACCACGAAAAUUAUAUUUUGAAAGAAAAGCUUAGAAUUUUAGACAUUUUCUCUAAAUUCCAUUUUAUUAAACAAUUUUCACCAAUAUUUGUAUACACACGAAUGUCUCUUUGUUGUGACAGGUCAAUGAUUGUUAAUAUCCUUCUAUACAUCUAUUUCUAAUCAUGACUAUGUUCCAAGGUUUGUUUGCCUUUUAGUAAUUUCUUUUAGGUGAAUAUGGAGCAAUGGAGUUCGUUAUGUACUCCCAAAGGGAUUAGUUAUAGUAAGAUGCACUUCUUUGUGUGGAAGAAAUGAUA